UGGAUCAACUUUAGGCAUCAAUUUCUGUGUCUGACAACCAAAUGAACCCAAAUUUACUUUCCCUCUCUCACAUUGUCUCUCGCCGGUCUUUAUUCGCUGCCCUGCUCUCUUUUCUCUCUCUAUACAACUCCGACAAAUGUUGACGGACGGCGAACCAACGGCGGCGUACGACGCCGGAGGAGCCGGAGGAAAGUUCCGAAAGAGGCCACUCCGGAGGCCUCAAGCCACGCCUUACGAUCGUCCUCCCACUGCCCUCAGAAACCCUAGUUGGCUUACCAAGCUCGUUGUUGACCCUGCCUCCAAGCUUAUCAAUGCCGGUGCUCAGCGCUUCCUCGCUCCUCUCUUCCGCAAGCGCCUCCCUCCCCCUCUUCAUUCUCCGCCAACUCCAGGCCUGCUACACUUGUUCUGCACAGAGAGAAGGCAAGAGUCCAUUGAUGUACUUCAGGAUUCAGGUCCCAAUAAUCAUUCUGGGGUUCUACAACCAACAGUACAUGAAAGCAAUGGCACUGCAUACCAUUCUGACAGCAAUGCAUUCUCUGAGCUUGAGCAAUUGCUGAAGCAGAAAACUUUCACUAGAUGUGAAAUUGGUAGACUGACGAAACUUUUGCAUUCAAAAGUGGUAGAUGCCUCUAUUGGGGAUUGUGACAGAAGAGUUGAAGCUGAUUAUUCUACACCAGCUCCAGUACUUUCAGGUGGUUUGCUGGAAGAAAACAAGACUGAGAGACUAACAUCUCGAGGAGUUUUUACAACACCUGUCAUCAGCUCAAAAAUACAUGAAAAUGAUGUUGCAUCUCCAGCUGAGCUUGCAAAAUCCUUUAUGGACAGUAGGCCAUCAAAGGUCUCACCAUCAACACUGAGUUUGCGCAGUCAAGCAGUAAGAAAAGAUGCAUCCCUCUUGAAAAUGGUGCCGUAUGAUUCUAAAUCACCUAUCAUUUCAUUAGCAAAUAGACCUAUUGGUCGUGUUGGGGUUCCUGAAAAUGGUUUUAAUACUUCAAGAUCCCGUGGUAGAUCUGCUAUAUACAGCAUGGCUCGCACACCAUAUUCUAGAGUUCGCGCAACUAAUAAGGCUAGUGGCUCCAUGGAUUAUGUCUUUGGUAGGCCUUCAUCAUCUCAGUCCGUGGUGGAGCAUGAUGAAUCAUUUCAGUCUAAACAAGUGUCCGGAAAGCGUAGGAAUUCUGUAUUAGAUGAUGAUCUUGGAUCUGGUGGACCCAUUCGGAGGAUAAGGCAGAAACCUAAUCUUUUAUCUCAUGAAGUCUCUGGUGUUUCUAAACACCAUCUACAUUUAACACAGAAAGUAUCUAAUUUUGUUGAAGAAAACCCGGAUUAUAGAACUCCCAGUACAAGUUGUGCUCAUGUACCUAACAAGUCUUGUGAGACGGCUGCUAAAAUAUUGGAGCAUCUUGAUAAGCUUACUCCAAAGAAAAAGUCAUCCGAGUCUAAACUAGCUUCCUUGAAAGAGAAGUCCCCUUCUAAAUUGACAAGCAUGGUUGAUGGACAAGGCGUUAGAAUCCAUGAGGGUUCAGAUUCUUUAAAGCUGCUGCAGAAUGUCCGAGAUAGUUAUAAGUCUGAGGAUCAUUUCAGUGCUGCCACUCCUGAUUCCCACAUUUCUGGUUUGCCAAAACUGGACGUUGUUAAAGAAAAUGGGACAAAGAAGCUAGUUGAUAUGGCAAAUCCUUUAAGCAACAAUGAGCUGAUGCAUCAAAAUUUUGUAACUCCUGAAAGGAAACAUGCCUAUAAGACAAGCUCGUAUGAGAAUGCUUUUCAGCUGCAUCAUGAUGUACAAUCUAUUGGAUCUGCACCUAAACCUGUGACCAAGGUGAUCACGAAGGCAGAAAUCUCUCUUGUUGGUAGCACACAAUUUAUCAGUAAAGAACUAUCUGGAGACAAAGCUUCAACUUCUCCUGAAUUUAGGACCCCUCUCGGGUUUUUGAGCAAAAGAACCAGUGAGGUGACUCCUGAUGGUGUUAUCAAAGGUGUAAAAAAUUCUUGCUCACCAACUAGUGUUGAUGCUCACCAGUCCCCAGAGGUUACCCAAUCAACCUUGGUAUCUGACAAAUUGGAGCAGACAUAUAGUAAUAAAGUUCUAUCUACAGCUUUUUCACUACCAUCAGUUACUGAAACUAAAGGGUCAAGUUCAAUAUUUUGGAAUGGGUCAAAGCCAGAAAGCUCAAGCAGCCCGGCUAACCUUGCUCCAGACCAAACUGAUUCACAAAAAGCUGAUAACGUUGAUGUUCCAUUCGUUGCAUCAAUUGCAACAUCAGCAACUUUUUUUUCCUCAAAGAGUGCUCCUUCCAACACUUCCUCUGUGUGCAAUGGCCAAUUAUCUCCGAGUAAUGGCUUCUCAUCAACCUCAAUUUUGGCUUCAAGUAAUUGUGAAAACCAUGGGGGUUUUACCACCAGCGGUCCAAGUGAGGCUGCCACUUUCACAACCAGUGUAACUGCCACAAAUGUUACAGCAAGCACCUCUGCCUCUGGCGGCAGCAGCAUAUUUGCAGGUGUGUCAUUAGCAGCUGUACGCCCUGAAUGUAGCACUUUUGCAGGCAAUUCUUCUGCAGCAUCUUUUUCAACUGGCAACCUGUUUCAGAGUACUGUGUUUAAUGCAGGAGGUUCUGUUGAUAAUGCAAAGCCAACUCUGCCUGGAUUUGGCAGUGCAACUGGGUUGCAGCAGAUCACAACCACCCAAUUUGGUUCAUCAAUGUCAGCUCUUGUCUCUGGAACUUCUGGGCUUACAUCAUUUGGUUCUACUGGUUCAUCUACAACACCCUUUUCUUCUGGUGCUAUGUUUGGUCCAACUUCUACGGCUUCAUCAGAGAGCAAUCUUACUGGCUCCAGCAGUGCUGUGAUCUCCAACGUAUUUUCUUUUGGUUCCAGUUCUUCAGCAGCUUCUUCCACAGCAGCUGCUCCUUUUACAUUUAGUUUUGGUGCCAGUUCUACAACAUCUUCUCCUGAAACCAAACCACUUGCCUCUUUCAGUGGUGCCACUCCUGGUGUAUUCAAUUUUGGUAGCAGCUCUGUGGCCUCCUCUUCCAGCAGUGCCACUGCUGCAGUUUUCAAUUUUGGUGGCAGUUCUGUGGCCUCUUCUUCCACCAAUGUCACCACCACAGGGUUUGGUUUUAAUGGCACUGCUUCUCCCUCUUCCAUCAGUGCCACUCCCGGUGGAACUUCUACUUCCUCAAUCAGUCUUUUCAGCGCCGGUAGCAAUGCCACUCCUGGAACAUUCACUUUUCAUGCCAGCUCUUCAACCGGUUCACAGUCUACCCCAAUGACUUCCAGCAGUGCCGGUGUUGGGAUUUUUGGUUCAGGUUGGCAAUCUCCCGCCUUUGGUUCUUCCCCCUCACCUACUGGUUUCACCUUUGGAGCAACCUCGUCUUCAUUCUCCACCUCUAAUACUGCACCAAUGGCUUUUGGAUCAUCUCUUGGUGCCUCUAGCAGUCCUGCAUUUACAUUUGCAGCAGCGUCUUCAACUUCUGCAUCCCCGUCCAUGUUGGGAAGUUCUACUGCCACCUUUGAUGCUGCCCCAGGAAACGAUGAGCAGAUGAAUAUGGAGGACAGCAGCAUGGCUGAGGAUCCCGUACAGUCAUCUGCACCCACAGUUUCUGUAUUUGGCCAAGCCGCCUCUUCUUCUCCUCCCUCUUCUGUUACAUUUGGCUCAAUGGUUCCGCUGUCUAAUACUUUCCAAUUUGGCGGGCAACAGAAUCCAGCUACUCCUCAAAACUCAUCUCUAUUUCAGGCGACUGUUCCAACGCCUAAUCCAUUCCAAUUUAGCGGGCAACAGAAUCCAGCUGCUCCCCCCAGUCCAUCUCCAUCCCCGUUUCAACCACCAGGCAGUCUGGGCUUCAGCACAGGAGGGAGCUUCUCAUUGGGCAGCUCCGGUAAUGACAAAUCUGGUAGAAGGAUCGUGAAAAUUAAUAGAAACAAGAACCGAAGGAAGUGAGAGCUUCAAGGAAAGACGUCUCUCUGGCGAGGUGGUCAUAUCAUUUGCAGGAUCCGGUGAGUCAUUGUCUUUUUGGCUUGUGGGCUAUAGUAUCUCCAUGCAGUAGACUUUGGGGCACAUCAAUUUGGUGUGCAAUUUUGUCACCACAAUACAAUAUUUCUGAAAUGGCAUUAUUGUCACAAUUUUGUAUAUGUGCCUCUAGUGAAUACAAGAAUAUGAUAGUGUUAUAGAGUCGAAGUAAUACAUGAUACUAUGAUAGUGUGUAUUUUACCUCGUCCAAAUGUCUUAUCAAACUUCUUUUUGUAUCUUUACGUGUAACAUCAAAAGGAAAUCUUUAUGUAGUUGGGAACAUUGAUUUACUAUGUCUAUGAUCUCAACUUCUUUUUCCUCACA